CCGCCCAUCUUGCUGUUGUCAUCUCUGACGCAGCAUAGUUAAGCGCGCGCACUUCGGAGUCAUUUCGUACAUUUCGUAAACAGCGCUUCUUUGGAUUGAUAACUACCUUUUACUAAAUAGAAAUUAUGUUUUUCAUCCUAAACAGACAAAGGAAAUUGGUCAUCAUGCGUAGUCAAGGUGGUAGGACUUGUGUUCUUUAACCCGCUGAGUGACAUCAGACACGAUCUGUCACGCCACUGCCUCUGAUCCAGAAACAUCUGCGUGUGGUACCCUCUGCUGAAAGUGCCUUAGAGCAAGACUGUUCUUCUGUUACCUGUUUGAUCCAACAAAAUGACUCCCAACGGAUAUUUAAUAUUUGAAGAUGAGAGCUUCCUCGAUUCUACUGUGGCCAAAAUGAAUGCUUUGCGUAAAAGCGGUCAGUUUUGUGAUGUCAGACUGCAGGUCUGUGGACAUGAGCUGAUGGCCCAUAAGGCUGUGCUGGCCUGCUGCAGUCCUUACCUAUUUGAGAUCUUUAAUACUGACUCUGAGCCACAGGGUGGGGUUUCGCUGGUAAAAUUCGAUGACCUCAACCCUGAUGCUGUGGAUAUCUUGCUCAACUAUGCCUACACAGCCCAACUGAAGGCAGAUAAGGAUCUGGUUAGUGAUGUGUAUUCUGCAGCAAAGAAGCUCAAAUUGGAGAGGGUCAAACAGAUCUGUGGAGACUACCUGCUAUCAAAAAUGGACUCCCAGAGUGCCAUUUCAUACCGCAACUUUGCUAGUAGAAUGGCUGAUGGGCGGCUUCUGGGCAAGAUUGAUGCAUUUAUACAGGACCAUCUUCAGGAGAUCUCAGAACAGGACGACUUCCUUAAACUUCCUCGGCUGAAACUGGAGGUUAUGUUAGAGGACAACCUGAACUUGCCAGGUAAUGGCAAACUGUACUCAAAAGUGAUAAGCUGGGUGCAGCGCAGCCUGUGGAAGAACGGAGAGCCCCUGGAGAAGCUAAUGGAAGAGGUGCAAACGCUGUACUACUCAGCAGAUCACAAAUUGCAUGAUGGGAGCCUGCUUGAGGGGCAGGCAGAGGUCUUCAGCUCUGAGGAUGACCACAUCCAGUUUGUGCAGAAGAAGCCUCCUCGAGAAAGAGACGAGAUGAGCUCAGGUGCCUCUGGCAGCCUCUCUCCCUCCAACAGCCAGUUCAACAAGCACGAAUGGAAGUAUAUUGCCUCAGAGAAGACCACCAACAACGCAUACCUGUGUCUGGCUGUUCUGAGAGGUGUGCUGUGUGUCAUCUCACUGCACGGCCGCACCAGUCCUCAUACUUCCCCAUCUGCUACGCCAUGUGUGCUGAAGAGCCCGAGCUUUGAGGCUCAACCAAAAGAUCUGCAGGAGAAGCUGUUGAAGCCCAUGCAUUACGCUCGCUCAGGCCUGGGAACCGCUGAGCUGGACUGCAAGCUCAUUGCUGCAGGUGGCUAUAACAGAGAAGAGUGCUUGAGGACUGUGGAGUGUUAUGACCCAAAGAAGGACUGCUGGACUUUCAUCGCUCCCAUGCGCACUCCACGAGCUCGCUUCCAGAUGGCUGUGCUAAUGGGUGAGCUGUAUGUGAUGGGUGGCUCCAAUGGUCACUCAGAUGAGCUGAGCUGUGGAGAGAUGUAUAACCCCAAGACUGAUGAGUGGAUUCAAGUUCCUGAGCUCCGCACCAACCGUUGCAAUUCAGGUGUGUGUUCGUUGCAAAACAAGCUUUUUGUGGUGGGCGGAUCUGAUCCUUGUGGCCAAAAGGGUUUGAAGAAUUGUGACUCAUUUGACCCAGUGACAAAAAUGUGGACAAGCUGCGCACCCCUCAACAUCAGGAGGCACCAGGCGGCAGUGUGCGAGUUAAAUGGAUUUGUGUACGUGAUAGGUGGUGCUGAGUCCUGGAACUGCUUAAACUCAGUAGAACGCUACAACCCAGCAAACAACACAUGGACCCUGGUGGCCCCCAUGAAUGUGGCCCGUCGUGGAGCUGGUGUGGUUGUGUAUGAAGGGAAGCUGUUUGUGGUCGGAGGAUUUGACGGCUCUCACGCGCUGCGCUGUGUGGAAGUCUAUGACCCAGCCAAGAACGAGUGGAGGAUGCUGGGAAGCAUGACAUCAGCACGGAGCAACGCGGGGCUCGCUGUGCUGAACGGUGUGCUCUGUGCAGUCGGGGGCUUCGAUGGCAAUGAGUUUCUCAACACCAUGGAGGCGUAUGACCCAGAGAACAAUGAGUGGAGCCCGUUUAUAGAGGCAUUAACUAAGAACUGAAGGGUGUCGGGAUCUCUCCUUUCCUCAAACUGACUAACAUUGUAAUGUGAUUGUUUUACUGAUGUUCAUCCGUUUAGGUGCUGAGGAGAGAAACUGAUAGAUGCUUAUAUGAAGUUGCCCAAAGCGACAUGAAGCCUUUGCAUAUUGCAUAAUUACUAUGUAAAUAGUUUUUUUUUCUUUCUUUUGCUCCUUUUUUCUUUUUUUCUUUUGCUAUCAAAGCCAGUACCCAGAGUGGUAUUUGAAGCUGGUAUGGUUAAUUGUUAUAGUGUGAACUGUGACACGUUCAUGGUGCAGUGCUUAGUUCAUCAUGAAUGAUUUGACAUUAAUUUAAUGCCUUUCUUACUGAAGAUGAGAUCUAUAUAUGUAUAGCUAGAAAGUCUUAGACCACAGAAUACUUAAAGCGCAUCUGAAAUGGAGCUGUAAUGCCUCAGUGGGAUUGUUUCUUUUGCCUUUUUAUAGCAUUUUUAUACAACUUAUGUAAGUGUCUAACAUGUAAAGCUGACAAGCAUGCAUUCCGUUUAUGAAUGAAUUUGUGCUGCAGGCCUGUUUUUACAUAGAUGCUUAUCUGUAUCUGCUUUAUGCUGAAAAAGCCAAUGAUGAUAAUGCCACUUUUAACACCAAUUAAUGUUACAUCUCAUUCAUUUCUGUAUUUAAAACUGUUAGACCUGAUUUCUUAAUGAUUCUUUUUUUCUUUUGAUACAAAAAAGGUGCAAAAAUUAAUAAACCAUUUCAACUUGGA